UUUUGACUUGAACUUAUUUAGUGAAAGUCAAAUUUCAGUUUUACUUUUGUUAUUGAACAGGAAGCAUUGCGCGCAUUACAACGUACAAAAUUUUAAGUAAAAUGAAUGACCGGAUCUCAAUACCGGAAUUUUUCACCGGACGUGAAAUUUUCAUAACAGGCGGUUCAGGAUUUUUAGGGAAAGCUCUGAUUGAAAAACUUCUACGUUCUUGUUCAACAUUAGAUAGAAUUUAUGUUUUGAUUCGUGGAAAGAAGGGCAAAACUGCUGAAGAACGACUUAAGGAAAUACUUAAUUCAGAAUUUUUUAAUAAAGUUCGAGAAAAGAGUGAUUUGUUAUUGAAUAAGGUCACGGCCAUUGACGGUGAUGUUAUGCUCCCUGGUCUAGGAAUAAGCUCCUCCAAUAAACAGCUUUUGAUGGAUGUAUCAAUUGUUAUUCAUUCUGCCGCUAGUGUAAAGUUUGAUGAUCCUUUAAAGGAGGCGAUUUUAAUGAACGCUCGCGGAACAUUGGAAACUCUUAAGCUAUCCGAGGGUCUUAAGAAACUUAAAGCAUUUAUGCAUAUAUCCACAACUUAUUCAAAUCCCGACAAACAUGUAGUGGAAGAAGAGCUUUACCCAGCAAAAGUAAAUUGGAGGACAGCAAUUGACAUGGCUGAAAAAUAUAGCACAGAAAUGCUUAAUAUUUUUAAUCUUAAGUACAGUGGUUUUCAGCCUAAUACUUAUACUUUUACAAAAGGCUUAGCAGAGCAAAUAGUUAACGACUAUAAAGAUAAAUUACCAGUUUUAAUUUACAGGCCAUCUAUUGUUGUCUCAUCAGUCGAAGAGCCUGUACCAGGUUGGAUAGAUAACUUUAAUGGUCCUGUUGGAAUGUUCAUAGCUAGUGGUAUAGGAAUCCUUCGAACAGCCCAUGGUGAUCCUAAUGUUUGCCUCGAUUAUAUGCCAGUUGAUGUAGCUGUCAAAGCUUUAAUAGUAGCCGUCUAUAAGAAAUGCCUCGAAAAGCAUAGCCCACACGAUUUGGUUGUGUACAAUUGUUCAACGGCAACAAUACGUCCAGUUUCAACAGGUCAAAUCAUCGAAAUGGCUAAAGUUUUAAUCAAAGACAAUCCAAUGGAGCAAACAUUUUGGGUACCUGGAGGAGGCAUUACUAGAUAUAAAUACUGGUACUAUUUUCGCUUUAUGACAUUGCAUGUUCUUUUUGCAAUUUUGGCUGACACUAUACUUCGGAUCUCUAACAAUAGACCAUUCUUCCUUAAACUACAACGUAAGAUUUUCGCUGCCAACAAUGCACUUCAUUAUUUCAACGUAACGCAAUGGUCUUUUCAAAAUGAAAAAUUUUACGAAUUGGACAAAUAUAUUAUUCCCAGUGACAAAACAAGUUUUGCCUUUCAACACUACACAAACAUUGAAAUUGAACCAUUUUUCAAAAAUGCCCUGGUUGGAGCUAAGUACUUCUUGCUAAAAAUGCCAUUAAAAUCAACAAAGUGGGCGAAGAUAAAAUUCCGAAUCCUUACCGUUUUAAACUUUUUCAUUCAACUCAUAUUUUGGAUGUUUGUUCUCAAGAUAGUAAUUAGUCGCAUGUUCUUUACGACAGAUUCAUGAUAAAUAAUAAAUGUUUGUACUUCAAAACAAUA